UCCUAAGUGAGCGGGGAGGGGGGCGUCUGCCGCGGGGAGGCCGCCCUGGCAUCAGCCUUCUUUGCCUCCACAUUGAACUUCGACGUUAAUUAAAACGCACGGAAGUGCAGGCGCGGGCGGCCGGGCCCCUGCACGGCUGCGGGGAGGACGCGCGGAGCCCUCCCUGCGGCCUCUCCACCCAGUGGCCGCCUCCGUUCCGCGCCCGUGGCCCCAUUUAAGGGUGGGGAGUCGUGCCAUUUUUAGGGAUCGCCCAAGUGUGGGGGCCCCAUGGCCCCGCGGGGAGGAGCCCCCCGGCUGGUGCUGCUGUUCAGCGGGAAGAGGAAAUCCGGGAAGGACUUCGUGACCGAGGCGCUGCAGAGCAGACUCGGCGCGGACGUCUGUGCUGUCCUCCGGCUCUCCGGUCCCCUCAAGGAGCAGUAUGCCCAGGAACACGGCCUGAACUUCCAGAGACUGCUGGAUGCCAGCGCCUACAAGGAGGCCUAUAGGCGGGACAUGAUCCUCUGGGGAGAGGCGCAGCGCCAGGCCGACCCGGGCUUCUUCUGCAGGAAGGUCGUGGAGGGCGUCUGCCAGCCGGUCUGGCUGGUGAGUGACACACGGAGGCUGUCUGAUAUCCAGUGGUUCCAGGAGGCCUAUGGGGCUGUGACGCAGACAGUCCGCGUGGUGGCCUCGGAGCAGAGCCGACAGCAGCGGGGCUGGGCGUUCACACCAGGAGUGGACGAUGGCGAGUCCGAAUGCGGCCUGGACAACUUUGGGGACUUCGACUGGGUCAUCGAGAACGACGGAGAUGAGCAGCGCCUGGAGGAGCAGCUGGGGAACCUGAUAGGAUUUGUCCGCGCCAGACUUUAGUUAUUUCUAGGAGCCCCGAAGCUGCCGGGUGAGGAGGGGGCUAACUGCCAGACGUGGUCGCUGAUGCUGGCCAAGCGGAGAGCACACGGAGGGUCCGGGCUCCCAGAUGCCAGACAGGACAAGAAACCUCCAGGAACUUUAACUUUUCUUUAAUAUAUUUUUAUUGAUUUCAGAGAGGAAGGGAGAGGGAAAGAGACAGAAACACCAGUGUUGAGGGAGAACCAUUGAUUGGCUGCCUCCUGCGCGCCCCACACCGGGGAUUGAGCCCGCAACCAGGGCAUGUGCCCUGACCAGGAAUUGAACCGUGGCCUCUUGGUUCAUAGGUCGAUGCUCAACCACUGAGCCACGCCAGUGGGGCCAGGACCUCAUUUCUGUAUGGCCUGGGCUGCCCUGCCUCUUAGGAGGAGGCUUACAGGGCAAAGGGCUGCGCUGGAAGCAGGAACAUCGCCGUCCCCCUGGGCGCCUGGCGGGCAGCCUGUGGCCGCCUUGCUUCCCCAUCAGGAUGCUUCCGGCCCCUUGUUCUGGGCAAGAGUGUGGACACGAAUAAACCUCCUUGGAGCACAUGCUGCGAACUGCGCAUCUCUCAUUUCCCAGGUGCCAGCCCAGCCUGCGUGGGCUCGGAGGGCUCGGGUGGUCCAGGCGGCUGUGGGUUCCUGCUCUGCCUGGCACCUGGGCUGGAACUUAUCCUCAGAGGCUGACCUUGGCCUGGCCAUGCAGGCAAGAGAUCGUUUGUGUCAGAGACAGCAGUGGGGUCUUAGGGUCUCAUCUUCUGGGAUGGCCCCCAAAGAGGCUCAUGCAGAGGUGCCCUGAGGGACAGGGUGUCACAGGGGCACGGAGAGCCAUGGCUCCCGGGAGCCACUGAGCGGCUCUGGGCGGGAACGUCGCUGCAGGCCUCAGCUGUUGGUGGAGGACCUUGGACUGGCGCCUUUUAUUAGACAGCCUCAUGCAACUUGUAAAUGUCGUUUAGGUUCUUCAAAGCCCGCCUGUGGAAUGGCCGAGGAGAGCACUUUCAUCUGCAGAUAGCAGACGCCAGUAACUCAGAGAAGGGAAACAGCCCCUCUGGGGUUAGAGGGUAGUAAGUGUCAGUGCUCAGACUUACCACAGGCGGCUGCCCGACUCCUGACCCCGUCCCCUCUGCCACAAAGGGGUACAGUACAAAGUCCCGGGGCUCCUUGCCAUCCUCAGGCCUUGGCCAGGCACCCCGCUCUCUGGCCCUGGCGUUGUUUUCCUCCCACAAAUCCUGUUGGUUCUCAGGGGCCACCCAAAGAAAUUACAUCCGUCUCCACGUGACCCGAACUAAACUUCACACUCCUGCCCAGCUCUCCCUUCGAUCGCCUGUGCCUGACUCUGGUUCCCUGGCUCUUCCAGUCAGCCAGCCCUGAAAGCUGGACCGUCGUCACGGGCUCCUGUGUCCCCCGACCCCUAGGGCUAAUUGGUCAGCAGGCUCUGUUCACCUGCCCUGCCUGUGUCUCCUCCCGGGAUUCUCACAGGAGGAUAAACAACUCUGAUGGCCGGGCCCGUGUCUUUCUUGCAGCCCACAGUGGGUGCUCAGGAAAUGGAUGCAGUCGAAUGCAUGCUGAGAGGACUCUAGAGGGCACGCUGGAAUCUAGUAGGUGAUCAUUUCACGCAGUCCACGUUUCCUCCCACCCAGGAGGCCGGCCCCAGCCCCAGGGCCUGGACCCUCUGCUCCCCUUCGGGUUGGAGCCAGGACUGGCUGACAUGCUGCUGCGCCCUUUGCACUGCGGGGCGCUGGCUCGGGGGGGCCCCUCUCACAGGUGCCGCAGAGGCUGUGUGUGAGCCUGACCCUCCUCUGAGCACUUUAUAUGGGUCCCAGGCUUCUGACCCAAGAGUUUACCUCCCUGAUUCCCCAGACGUGGCCCAGCGACGGUUGGUCCUUUCUAUCACUGGACUGUUUGCGAGCGUCUGCAGUGGGUUCCAGAGGGGCAUCGCCACAGGCAACCGGUGAUCAGCUUUCUGCCUCUGUAGAAUCGUUUUCAUGUUCAAUAAUUUCACAUAAGCGGACCAUAUAGAAUAUGUUAUUUUUUGGGGGGGUCUUAUUUCUUUCACUCAGCAUAAUUAUUUUGAGACCCAUUCACAUUAUUUCAGGUAUCGAUAGUUUAUUUUUUUUUUAUUGUGGUGUCUGGUAUGAAUAUUGCACAGUUGUUUAUCCACUCGCCUGCUGGUGACCUUUUGGGUUGCGUCCAGUGUUUGGAUGUGACACAUAAAGCAACUGUGAACCUUCAGGCACGA